CCCUUUAGCACCUACUCUGUUCUGAACCCAAACGUUAAAACCGCCCCUUCUCUCUCUGGCUACCUCAUAUAUAUAUAUAUAUACACUCUAUACGUAAACUAAUCCAACAUAAAUGUGAAGAAAAAUGGCAAAAAGCUUUGAAAGAUUAACAAUUUUAUGAAACCCCCUUUUCAGUUCUUCUUCUCUCAAGUUUUUCUUCACAAAAUCUUGAAAUUAAAGUGAAAAAAGGAAGGAAAUUUGAGUCAUUUUCUGGUCUGUGUUUGUUUAACGAGGGGAGAAAUUUUGGGAUUUUGGGUUUGUUUAGACAUUUGGAUUGAGUGUUUGAUGACUAUGGAACCAGAAAGAUCGAAACCUCUGCACAAUUUUACCUUACCUUAUGGGUUGAAGUGGGGGAACCAGAGGCAUUUGAGGUGUGCGAAGGUGGAAUCUAAUGGAGAAAUCUCUUCUGUUCAUCGGAGGUCAAAUGGGUCUGAGUCGAUCGGACGUAGGAUGGAGAUGGAGAUUGAAAUGGUGAACCGGCGUGGAUCAAACGAUCGGUUUACCCGGAAAUUCAGGUCGCCGGGAAAAGAGGAUGAUGGUGACGGAAUCGGAGCUGUGAGAGAGAAACUGAUGUUUGAUCUCUUAACAGAAGCUGAUAAGAUGAAAGAAACAAUCUUCAAAGAAGGUAUGGAAGAACAACCCAAGAAGUUUCCGUCGCCGUCGCCGGCACCGGCGACAACUAUGACUGGAGCUGUAUCUGACGCUGCUGCUGACUUAUCUCGUCCAUGGAACUUAAGGACUCGCCGUGCUGCUUGUAAGGAGCCUAAUGGAUUCGUCGCCGGCGCCGGUGCUGUUGCCGGUGGAUCGAAAGGUGGGCUAAAGAUUGAUACUAACAGAACAAAUGCUCCAUCUGCCGGAGCUGCUUCAGUCGGCGAGAAGAAACAAAAGGUCAAGUUUUCCGUUCCUCUUUCCCGACGAGAAAUCGAUGAAGAUUUCAUGGCCAUGGCCGGACAUCGACCCCCUCGUCGUCCCAAGAAACGACCUAGAUUGGUUCAAAAGAAUUUAGAUAUGAUAUUUCCAGGUUUAUGGUUGACAGAAAUAACAGCUGAUAUGUACAAAGUGCCUGAUGAUCAAUAGAUUGUUGUUAAGAUGGGAAGGUGAUAGCGCGAUUUUCUGAUGAAAAAGACGAUACAUUUGUGGACUGAUUAUCGAGUAGUGUAGUUGGAAAUCUGAUGUGAUACCAUAGAUUUUGUUCAGGUAAACUGAAAUGGGGAUGUAAAAUAGGGAGAAAGUUUAAUUAGUUGCUCUAUGAGGAGGAUGUUAAUUCUGUUUUAAUGAAAGAUUUGUUAAUCUUUCUCUGUUUAUGUUCAUUGGAACAAGUUUUUAAUAUAUAGUUUGUGUGCAGUUUUGCACACUUUGAGAUUCAA